AGAGAGUGUGUGUGUGUGUACUCCAGGAGCUGUAGCCUACUUAACGAAAAAAAAAAGAUACAUGAGCGAAUUCAGCCUUUUGCUUUGAGUGUCCGCAGCUUUGCACAAUUCUCUCCCAGACAAGCAAAAAAGAGAGAACACCGAGUGAGAGAGAAAAACACACACAAGGAGACUUGGCUGAUGCAUCUCUCCGAGAGCAUCCAUUUCACGGCGAUUACAGUUUGAAGCGGAGGAGACUGUGCGCAGUCCUCUCACAAACACGGAGCUUUUCUCUCCUCCGAAGUCAGUUUCCUAGAGCGGCUGGCGGGCGGAGAGACACUUUCCCCCCCUUUGCGUUUAUCGACACGGACAGUAUUUCAUAACCAGCCUGUUUACUUGGAGCAAAAAGCAGGUCGUCCGCAGCUCGGCACAGGCGACAGCGCAUCUUGUUCGUGGAGCGGAAUUCGCAGCUCAAGACGCGAGAAGGGAAUAUCCGACGGUUCAAGUUUUCCUGGAAGUUGCGCAGUGACAGAAAAACAUGGGAAUUUGUGGCUAUUUGGCGCUGCCUGGGAAAAGCCUUGUCGUCCUCGGACUUAAAUUGUUAUUCCUUGUACCUGCAGGAGUUCCAGCCAGGAGCGGGGAUUCUGUACUAAAGGACAACAUCACCGUCAGACAGGGGGACAGCGCCGUCUUAAAAUGCAACGUGGACAGCAAAGUAUCACGAGUGGCGUGGCUCAACCGCACCACCAUUCUAUUUGCGGGAAGUGAGAAGUGGUCCCUGGACCCUCGCGUCAUCCUGAUGGAAAACACAGCAGUCACAGAGUACAGCAUUAAGAUCCAAAACGUUGACGUCCACGACGAGGGGCCCUAUGUCUGCUCCAUCCUCACGAACAAGAAACCAAAAUCCACAAAAGUGCAUCUCAUCGUUCAAGUACCCGCCAGGAUCACUAACAUAUCGAAGGACAUCACAGUGAACGAGGGCAGCAAUGUCAAUCUGAUGUGCCUGGCGGUCGGUCGACCUGAGGCCAACAUCAUGUGGAAGCAUCAUUCACCGAGAGGCACUCAUAAAUUUGUGACAGAGGGGGAACAUCUGGAACUGAUAGCAGUCACCAAAGAGCAGUCAGGAUCAUAUGAAUGCAUCGCGUCUAAUGACAUCUCGAGCCCCGAUGUCAGGACAGUGCAAGUCACCAUCAACUAUCCUCCCUUCAUUUCUAAAGCGAGGAGUACGGGUACUGCAGUUGGACAAAGAGGAGUCCUGCAAUGCGAAGCCUCUGCUGUCCCCAGGGCAGAUUUUGAGUGGUACAAAGAAGACCGCAGGCUCUUUAAUGGAAUAAAUGGAGUUAAGAUCGAGAAUCAAGGUAAACAAUCCAUGCUCGUCUUCUUCAACGUCUCGGAAGAAGACUAUGGAAACUAUACUUGUGUUGCCAUGAACACCAUGGGAAUCACUAAUGCCAGCAUAAUCCUUUAUGGUCCCGGUGCGAUGCACGAUGUGAACGGGGCCGCCGAGUUGCCCCGUUGCUCCGUAUGCCUCCUGCUGACUGUACCCUUGCUCUGCCUGCUCAAGUUCUGAUGUGAAAUGUGAAAACCUUUAAGCUUCUCUCAGCAUUGAACAGCAAGAACAGACUAUUAGUCCUAUAAGAAGAACGGAAACCCAAGAGCGCCAGUGGUUCCACCCCUUAGUCCUCUUUCUGUUUCUAUCUGGCUUUGCAUCGGAGUCUGUUCUCUGUUGGUCCGCCAAGAGUGAGAGCCGUCAAUCCGAGGAAGGGAAAAAUGUUAAAAUCAUGCACUAAAUUUGAUGAUGGUAGAACUACUGAGUUUGUGUCUCCCCAACCUUUUUGUAUGUGAAAAGGGAAAAAGAAAAAAAAUAAAUGUAACUGUUGAUAGUUGACUGUUUAUUGCCCAAUAUUGAAGUGUACAUUCAGAUUAUUAUUGUGUCACGUCCUGUUCAAUAUCUGUACAAUACCAUUAAGCUUUUUUAAGUAAAUGACAAAAAAGGAAAAAAUGCAAUGUGAUUGUUGAAUUUUACUGUAUUUUUACAGUUGUAUGCAAAACAGAGUAACAGAUCCUUCAUGAUAAACAGUUCAGAAUAAUCAAUAGUACACCAUGAUUUCUCAGGCAAUGUCCUACAGCAUAGUGCAUCCAAAUUUUUGUUUUCACCGUAGUGUGUGUAGAAAAUGUACAAAUGUGUACAUAUAACCGUUUUAUUUUUCAAAAUGCAUACACUUGUCAAAUGGCAUUUUUGAAACACCUAAACACAGCAUCAUAGCAGCUGCAGGCCAUCUUUAUACUGAAAAUCUGAGACAGUCAGACAUUUAUGUGGAGUGUCAGUAAGGACAGGAGUGUUGGUCAGCUUUGCUCUCUACACUGACUGAUGGAAUUAAAUGUUCAGAGUUAAAACUCAUUCAGCAGUGCUACCUACAUGUGGUGCUGGAUGGCAUCUCAAAAGCUUCAGGUUAGUGGAUAAUCUAAUUAGCAGCACUGCAUUAAAGUGACUUAUCAGUAAGUGCUGCUCUUAAUUAAGGAAACUAAAUUUAAUAAGAAAAACAAUUUUUUCACAAACUCCUAAGUCUCUUUUAAUGCUGCACUUAGUAUGAUUUACUCUGAUGGUAAGUUUGAUUUGAUUUAUUGGACAUAUCAAAAAAUAAAAAUAAAAUCGGUCACACACUGCUGCAAAUACAUGAUAACUGAAAAUGUUUGAGGAUUGAUUCUAUUGUGGUCCUCUUUCCAGGAAGACACAGAGUGCGAUUCAAGUCAGAUGACAAAGUACCCUGUACCAACACAUAGUCAACAUUACAAAACAACCAAUACAUCCUUACAUAUAAAACCUACAAAGCACGGAUUACAUCAUCACACAGUACAUGCAGAAGCUACUCAUACACAUUCCCAGGCCCAUAGAUAGAUAGAUAGAUAGAUAGAUACUUUAUUUAUCCCGAGGGAAAUUCAAGCAGCCAUCUCAGCAGGCACCACCCCACACAGGAUGACCAGAUCCCAACUCAGUAAAUGUAGGAAGAGGAAGAGUAUAUUUGUGUGAGACAAUGUGGACACGUUAGCAAUGCUAAGAGGUAGUCUAUUUUAAUAUGAUGUCUAUUUCACUUUAAUUCAGUGGCACACUAAAGACUCCAGGUUACAGGUUAGGCCUUUAGCAUGUGAAAGACUUAAAUAUAUUUGAUCUAAACUCCCAUGCUAGCUAAAUACAGAAAGCAUAAAAAGGCAGCAGGUUAACCUGCACUUGACCCACAUGCGUGCAGUUUGAUCAACAUCAAGCACACCCCCUUGAAGACAGCCUUCCCUGCUUUCUUCAUCACCUUAGAAAGCCUCUGUCCUGCAGUGGUUUGACUUUUGAAAACUAGAACCAAUCAAAAUGUGGGACAUUGUCUCAGUAUGUGGGAUGUGAGACGGGAUAAAAAUGCUGUGCAGUUCCACAUAAAGUGGGGCAUCAGGGGCCAGAUGCAUAAAACUGUAUGUACAACGAGAGAAAUAUAUAUAUGCGCAUUUUUUUCGUCAGAUUUAUAAAACUGUACUAACGUGCCUGAUUCUGUUUUUUAAUCUCAACCACUUUGGAAAUGAGUGCACGGCCACAAGCUCUAUUUCCACUCCUAUAAUUAUCUAUAAAUGGACGUAGAAAUUCCUUAAACUUCUGUUUGCAGAUCCAUUCUUUUGCCCACUCCAUACUCCCGCUCAGAGUAAUAUUUUACAGAAUACUGGGCAGACUGCAUUAAUAAUUUUUAAUUUAUAUCUGUGUGAUAUUAAAAGUCAAUAUAGUGACUUAGAAUUAGCUUUAUUCAUUACAGUGAGCUCCACAUCUGUUGUUAAGGUUAAGUCAUCAUAAGUGUGGUAAUGCAAGUCAAAAGUAUGCACAUCACUCUACAAUAACAUAACUCUGAGAACAAUAAAAACAGAUGUGUUCAUUGAGAUAGAAUACUAUCUCAAGCAUAAGUCUUAAAAUAGAUUUUGUAUAAUAUAGAUGAAUGGAGUUUCUUUAAUUAACUUCUUCAGAGAUAUGUAAUAUAGAAAUUCAUUUUACAGUCAGGAUUUAUGCUGGCACAGGCUCUGUCAGUCAACUUCAUCGUAUUUAUCACGCAAUGGUUUUAAUGUUAAGCGGUGUAGAAGCUGGAUAAACGUCCUUGAUUUCAAACUCCUUCAAUCUAAACACACCUGGGGAGGCCGGGGGUGUUUUGACAUUUUCAACUACAAAGCUGGCACACAGCUCCAGUCCACAUCCAAGGUCCAGAUGACACAAGCUAGAAUAUUUCACCAACAAAGUCAACUUGAAUGAGUGUUCCAUGUAGCUGCUAUGAUGCCUUUUUCCAGGUGUUAUGAAUGUGUGCUUUUAACCUGGUUUGGCCCACAGUAAAUGGCAGACACCGCUCUUUAAGGAUCGCAGAAGUGAUCGUUGUGUUCUGUGGUCAGUGGAUGCAUUUCCAAGGGAUAUUUUUUAGUCUGCCUCAGACAGUUUCCAGUGACGAGAAUAUACUUAAAAUGAAGCACAAAGUGAUUGAUGGUGUGAUGUUCUGCUAUUGUCCAGUUCACUCCUGUGCAUACCUAUGAGUAAGAAGUGUGUUGAAGACAAAACAACAGGGAGGAGAUUAAUGUAUGUGGGAAUGCUUUUGUUGUACUCACAUGUUCAGUUAUGUGCUUGUAAUGAUGGUGAACCAGUCAGCUGCAGACCAUGUCACAGGGUGUUAUUUCACUUUUUAGGGGUUUGCAAAAAAAAAAAUAUAUAUAGACAGGUGAGAUUCAGACGCCUGCAAAACUAAACUGAAGGGUUAUUGUGACCCUUUCCAUCCCAGAUACAUGAACAUGAUAAGUAUUGAUGUCAAUAAGCUUGGAUCAAUUUGUUUAAAAUCCCCAUUAAAAGAGAACUGAUACUGGAAUUUACUUAAGGUGUGUUUUUGCAUAUGGCACCAUGUCCGACUGUGUAAGUUGUUUUUAUUUUUAUUUUUUUUUUAAAUUUCAGGUUAUUUAAUGGUUAAAGGAUUUAAGAUGUAUGCAUUACAUGUUAUCUAUAAUCCUCCUUAAUGCAUAAUUCUCUGGGCAUUUUAAAGUUUGGAGUAUUCACAGUUCACUUGUUCAUUUUUUUAAUUUAAACAGUUGAUUUUACAAUGUAUGAUCCCAUUGAUGGCUGCAUUGUUAACCUGUUUGAUAUGUUUUCUGACCUUACUGGAGGUUCAGCAUACAGUAGUCACUAUUGUGGUAUAUAGUCAUCGUAUCAUUUGAUUGAGAGAUUGCAAAAAUGUCCAUAAACUGGUUAAAUGUGAA